ACAGCCAGGAAAUGAAUCGUGCUGUAGUGACCAAGUGGAGAGACUUCCCUUUGGGCUGCAGUUUGGACGUAUUUGAUUCAGGGCAAAGUUCUAGACUGUCGACGGGUCAAGUCACAAUGGAAAGAAGACGUGAGGAUGGAAUUUGCCUCUCAGAUAUAAGGAGAGACUGGUGAUGCAGAAUGCAGGAUUUCAGGCAGACAUACCUGAGCCUGUGUAAGGAGGGAGGUGUGAAGCCCCAGGAGAGUGUUGUAGCUCAGAUCCAGGGGAGCAGGGCUGCUCACAGCCCCAGAUUGGACCUGAGUGGACAAAGCCUGUCUUUGGAUACGUGCUCUGUGCUGGCCAGGGCGUUCCAAAAAGAUAUCACCUUGACAGAUGUGUCGCUAAGUGAUUGCAUGCUGAGCGAGGAAGGUGCAAAAGUACUCUUGACUGGACUGUGUGGCAACACAACUGUGAAAAUCCUGGAUUUGAAGGGAAAUAACCUGAAAUCAGCAGGGGUGGAGGUGUUGGGAACGUUAUUGACAUGCAACAAGACCCUGCGCAGGCUUGUGUUGGAGUGGAAUGCGUUGGGGGUGUGGGAUGAGGCCUUCUUAGCCUUUUGUCAGGGUUUGGCCUCCAACAGCAUGCUGACGCAGCUGGACCUGCGCAACAAUCAGAUCAACCACCACGGAGCAACUGAGCUUGCUCUGGCUCUCAAACACAACACCACACUGGAAGUGUUAGACCUGAGAUGGAACAACAUUGGUCUGCUGGGUGGCAGGAUAUUGCUAGAGGCUUUGCAGAAAAACAAGAGGAUCGUGCAGCUGGAGAUGGCAGGGAACAAUAUUCCUAGUGACACACUCAAAGCACUCGAGCGGACCACUGGGCACAACUCAGACAGACAGUCCACCCUGGGAGAGAACCACAGGAAGACCCAGGUCCUCAGCAAAGAGAUCCAGACACUGAAAGACAAGAAGAGCCAUCAGGUCCUGAGUCUAAUGGAAACUAUAGACAGCCAGCGGGAGGAGAUAAGAUGUUCUAAAAGAUCCACUUCUAUUCAGAUAGGCCAACUCCAGGAAGCUCUGAAUGAGAGGAAGUCAGCUGUCAACUCUCUCAAUGCCAAACUACAGAUGACAGAGGAGGCCCUCGCUCUCUCUGGGCAGAAAAAUCUCAACAUGGUAGAACUGCUGACUCAAGUGAAGGUUGAAAAAGAAGAACAGAUGGAGAGACAGAGUAGAGAGAGAAAGAAAGAGCAAGAGGACUGUGUUUUGAGAGAGGGUAAACUCUUUAGAGAAAUGCAAAACCUCUCAGAAACCAACAGCCAACUCAGGAAUAAAGUUUGGGAGAUGGAGAGAUGGUGUAAGUCACAACAACAACAGAUUUUUGAGCUUAAGCAGGAACUGACCAACAGUACAGCUGAGCUCAAUCUACGACUAGCCCAGGCGGAAGAUCGUCUGGAAACAGAGAAACGAAGGUCCAAGCAAGCCCUGAGGGACAUGGACAGUCUCCGACAGAAAGAGGUGGAGCAUGUGAAUUGUAAUCUAGAGGAGAGUGAGAGAGCUCUGCAAGAACACAUCUUCAAACUGGAGGGACAACGGAUACAACUAAAAGAGCAGGAGCAUGUGUCAUCCUUAGAGGAAAAGCUUCGUUCGGUGCAUUCCUCCCUACUGGAGGUCCAGCUCCACUGCUCCCAGCAGAAGCAAACCAUCUCUGAGAUUAAGGCCAAGACCAACCAUCAGAGCAUCGAGGUGAACGGACUUCAGCGCAGGAUAGGGGAGCUCCAGCAGGAGCUUUUAGGUAAGGACCAGGAGAAGGUGGCUGAGGUGAGCCAGGUCAGGUUGGAGCUGCAGGAGCAAAUUGGACAUUUACAGGCAGAGAGGACACUACAGAGAGGACUCAAAGAGAAGAUCUGUGCUCUGGAGAGAGAGAAUAAAGUUUUAAGCAGUAACCACAGAGAGGUGCUCCUUGACAAAGAGAGUGAGAUGUCUUCCAUGUUGGAGAAGCUGCGAUUGAAGGAGGCAGAUAUCCUGAGGAUGAGGGAGGACGAGACAAACAGAGCCAGCUACCUGCAGAGUGCCUUCCUCACCUACGUUCAGGGCUCGCCUCUGGGACACUGCAGCAGCCCCAAGAAAUGACCACAGAACUCAACACCUUAACUAUGUCCAAUAAGCCCUCACUGCGAUCCUGCUCAGGUCAGGGGAGUUCGCUAAAUAAAAAAUCACAAUUUCCAGAAUUUGCAAAGUUUUAACAGUGGUGAUACUGGAGAUAACUGGCACUGGUCAGUGAGAUAUGACCACAACAAAAUGUACAUAUACAGUACAGUCAAGAGAUUAAGGUUUUAAAUAGUCUAAUUAUAACUGUUGGAACUUGGCUUUGUUCACUGUUUUGCACGUCAUCAGUUUGCCAGAUUGAACUGUUAUGCUGUAUUGCCCUAACAGCCUCUAUCCUUAAAGUGAUAGUUCACAGAAAAAUUAAAAUUCAUGUCAUGAACUAAACUUAGCAGAUACUUCGUAUUAUCUCUGGAGGAGAUGCAUCUGUGAACGCAAAUGAAAAUGAAAAAUUAAGAUGAUAAAACUUUGUGUUAUGCUCAGGUUUCUCCUAGGCCGGGCGUAACACUGAGUGAGAGGCUCCUCAGUUUAUGCUAACUUCUCCACCUUGCCUAGUAUAAAGUCCUUUAGAAAGGGGAUCUCCUGCUGUGUUCACAGUGAGUGAGUCGGGGUAUAAUGAUUUUUUCUUUCAUUUGUCCAUAAUUUCUAUUUAUCUAUGAUUUGUUUGUAGUCACUAAUAGUAAAAACUGAGCUCAGUGGCUUCACUAAAAAUAACUCAGUCAAGAUAUGUAGAUAGAUGAUCAGUCAGGGUGGAGACAGGUUUAUACAGAUGUUCUAAACCCCCUUAAGUGUAAACGAGCACAUCAGAAAUAUCAUUAAUAAUCCUUCAUUGUAAAAUUUUAAGCAGGUGCUGAGUCUAUGGAAAUGUGAUUGAUAUUUACAAUAUACAACCAGCAUUAGAUGAAAAGUCAGUGGAUCACCACACUGAUUACAAUUCAUGUUGAGGAAAAAUAAAUAUGUUUAACUAAUUUCACAAUAAUCUAUCCCACAGUUGUUGAAACAUUUCACUCAAAACUAUGCAACUCAUUGCACUAGCUGAAGAGUCAGUGGAUUACUAACAGAGUCAUCAAGGUGCACCAUUAAAAAACCAUGACAAACUGUACUAAAUUGUAUAGCAAUCCGUUGGAACUUAGCAUAUUUCAGUCUGAACCAAAAUGGUCGACCGGGUAACAGAUUGACAACAGUCUGUGGAGCUAUAGAGCUAGCUGGACCAAAGAGUGCCAGCCUUACAUCCAUGACAUCAUCUGUGGAGAUUUGCAAAUCCUUGGAACCCGUUCUUUUUUUUCUCCCAGUCUCAGAAUUAUUUGAGAGACAACCUUCAAACUGAGUUAUGGGUUUACGGUUAAGUGUGUACAAUUUAGGUGUCAGAGAUCUAUGGGCAGAAAUAAAAUCCUAGUGAUGUUUUCCCUGGUGUUUGAUCAUCUAAACCAUAUGGUGAUGUUUUCUUUACCCUAGAAUGGGCCCACCUUAUAUAGCCGGAGGCCGCCAGAUUUUUCACAGUAGCCUAAACUGGAAGAACUAAACACUGUUUGUCUUUUUAUAUCAACUGAAUGCCACCACAGGUUCUCUUUCAUGUUUGGAAGGGGAGGGUGAGGUGAGGGGUAUUCAGCUGCAACAUGCAACUUCACCACUAGAUGUCACUACAUUCUACACGAUGAACUUUUAAGUGUGCCUUAAUAUUGUAUCAGUCAAACUGUAGUAAAAUGUGGUCAUUUCUGUGGGAAAAAGCUGUAUGGUGAUUUUUCUUAAUGUGUGAAUGUAUCAGUGGUUUAUCUUAAUUGUUCUAUUAUUUUACUGUAUACAACGUUUUUUUGAUUGUAGUAGGUCUGUCGCUUGGGGAUACUUGAGGUCACUGGGUUUGACACUACAGCACAAGAUCUUUAAUUUUCAAGGUAGUUCAAACUGAUUUAAAUUCCAUCAGUUCCUUUUGUUGUUCCUGCACUGUUUAGGUUCUGAAAAGCACUGAUCACGACUACACAAUACCGCAUCAUAAUAAGUAAAGUAUCUUCAGAUUGAGUAGAAGUAGCUUACAUUUUGAAUGUUGAAUGAAAGUCAUGCUUUAAUGGGAAACAUCAAUCAUUAUCCCAUCAGCCACAUUUUUUGUAGGAUAAAGUGCAAUAAUUGUCAAGUGUAUGGAUCUAAUUCAGUACUAGCGAAGUGAAAUUCAAGAAAUAAAAUGUCGAUAGUGCCCCAUAAAGUGCAGCGCCUGUAGCAGGUUUUUCCAAUAUGCCUGAAAAUCAUUUGCCGUAUGUAUUAUGCCCAGACGUUCAAAAAAGUCCCCAUAUUCCAAACCCAACAGGAAGUCAACCAUUUUGGAUUAAGUCGUCAUUUUUGGCGAUUCACACACAUCGUACUUUAAUGAGCUCCUCCUGGAAGAUCAAAUUCUGUCAGGGCAAUCGGUGAGUUUUUAUCACAGGGCGAUUCCCCGGGGUGGCAUCUAAUUUCAAUAUUUUGCCAUGAAACAGGAAGUUGUUGUAACCUCAGUGUACAUUAUUCAAUCUACACCAAACUUCACGUUUGAUAAGGGUCUAACCCUCAACACAAAUACAGUCCUGCUCGCCAUUAUUGGCACCAUUACAUUUUUUGCAUAACCUGUAUCAUAUCUUCAGAAAUAAAUGUGAACUUUUAAUUGGAGGUCCAAAGUAAUUUAACAAAGAAAAUUGUUUUUUCAACGUGCAUAUUGUAAUUUCAAAGAAGAAAAACAUCAUGUGCAGCAAUAACGGCACCCCUCUUUAAUAUUUCGUUUCACACCCUUUGGCAGUGAUGACAGCCUCCAAACGUUUCUUGUAGCCAUCUAUAAGCUUCUUGCUCUUCUCAGCUGGUAUUUUCUCCCACUCUUCCUUGGCAAUUGUUCAAGCUCUUGAACAUUUGCAGGGUUCUUUUCCCCAAUAGCAGAUUUCAGCUCACCCCAAAGAUUUUCAAUUGGAUUGAGAUCAGGACUCAUUGCUGGCCAUUUGAAAAAAAAACAACAUGUGUGCUUUGGGUCUUUGUCUUGCUGGAGGACCCAUGAUCUUCGACUCAAACCAAGUUGUCUUACACUGGGUAGGACAUUUCGCUCUAAAAUCUCUUGAUAAUUCUCUGAUUUCAUGAUUCCUGUGAUACGGUCGAGGCCUCCAGUACCAGAUGCAGAAAAGCAGCCCCACACUAUUAUGGAUCCUCCACCAUGCUUAACUGUUGAUCGGGUGUUCUUUUCCUUGUAGGCUUCAUUGCGCUGUCUGAAAACAAACUGUUGGUGUGCAUUGCCAAAAAGCUAUAUUUUUAGUUUCAUCUGUCCACAGAACAUUUUCCCAGAAGGACUGUGGUUUGUCCAAGUAUUCUUUGGCAAAGAUCAGUCGUUCCUUUUUAUUUCUUUUCCUCAGCAAUGGUGUCUUCCUUGGCCUUCGCCCAUAAAGCCGUGUGUGGUUUAGUGUGCGGCGUAUGGUACUUGUUGAAACCAUGACCUCAGACUGUUCCAGGUUGGCCUUCAGGUCUUUGGAUGUUUGAUGUGCUGUUUUUUCCAACAUUCGCACCAACCUUCGAAGACUUCUCAUCAAUUUUUCUCUUCCCCCCCCUUGUCCAGGGAGGUUCUUGACAGUUCCAUGCUGUUAAAAUUCUUAAUAACAUUACGCACUGUUGAAACAAGGAUACCAAGGUCUUUGGAGAUGACCUUAUACCCUUUUGGAGGUCUUGUGUAUGCUAAUAAUAGCCCCUCUGAUGUCCUCAGACAGCUCCUUUGUCUUCACCAUGGUGACAAAGGAACAGGGAAUUACAGGUGGCUUUUUAAAACACGGAAGUCAUCAUUCAUUGGCUAAUUCAUGUCAAAUGGCCACAGACAAUUUGUCACAGGUGAUUUUCAUUUGUGAUUGACCACAGGUGAGUCAUAAUGUGUUUCCAUACUGAUUUACAGCAAAGGGUGCCAAUAUCAGUGACACAGCAAGCUUUAAGUUUUUUCAAUUUUUUUCCCUUAUUGUUUAUUGUUUUAAAUUGUUGUUGAUCAUUUGUUCUUUUGUAUCAAACACUAAUUCUCUAUAGAAAAAGUUGUUUCACUUGAUUCAUUUUUUUCAGGCGAUAUUCCACAUUAUGUACUUAAACUUCUUGGGUGCCAAUAAUGGUGAGCAGGACUGUACAUGCCAAUACUCAGUAAUUCUCAUAGUGCCCCCUACUGGCUACAAGAAAUGUCAAUCUUUAUACUGUGAUGUACUCAUCCCAGCAAGUUAUCCACAUCCAGCUGAAAUUUGGUCAGAAGACCCUUUAAACGUGGUAGAUUAUGGAUAUGCUGAAUUUCAUCAAACACUGUUGCCAUGGUAAUGAGCCAAAAGUUGAUGUUUAGUUUCUCCAAUUGAAAAAUGGUAUAACAGCUCCAGGUAAUACUAGUAAUUAUAACUAAAGCUGCCCUCCCAGUCUGCACAAGUCUGUGUGUGCUGUGGUGUGUCUUGAGGUUGGUUUUCAGCAACUACAUACAACUUGUGAAGUUUCUGAAUCCAGUCUUCCACCAUCCCUAAAUAGCAAUGUCUUUAAGCACUUCUUUAACGAUAACCAUCUCCAACCCUUAGUUGAUGCUCAUACAUCAUCAAGCACAAAAACCUCAAGAACAGCUAAGAAUCCUUACUUAUUACUUAGAGCUUCUCUCCGAUCACCCUUGAUAAGCUGACCUCAGUUAUUCCACCUAUACUAAAGCCACAACUAGUAUCUUAGAUCCCAUUCCUACAAAGUUAGUCAAAAAACUCUGCCGCUAAUAAAUGUAUUGAAUACAAUAGAUCUAUCAACAUUCAUAUUCGACUCUGUGUCAUUUACAUCAUGUUUUAAGCCUAAAAGUAGCGAAUGUCAGUCCCUGAACACACCUUGUCGAAAGAUAUCAGAAGACAUAUAGGCUUAAAAACAUGGUGUAAAUAACGCUGUUUAGAGUCAAAUAUGAAUGUAGCUGCUUGCGGACACUUGGAUAACACCACACAAGCAGUAUGGAGGCAUUUUGUGUUUUUUCUUUUGUUUUAUUACAUCUGAAGACUUGGUCACCAGUUACCAGUUGGUCACCAGUUGUAUUGUAUUGUUAUGGAACUUUUCUGGAAGCUGGUGAAAGGAGAACUCAUGCAGCAGCUGAUGUUUUAAAGUAGACGAUGCAUCAAAGGGACCAGAAGGUGAAACAAUAUACAAACACCAAUAGAGUAACAUGAUCAAUUGCCCCCCCAAAUCUGCAGAUGUCUCCCACAGCAUCACCACAUAUCUUCCUCAACCUCCUGAAUCUGUAAAUCGGGUCGGUCUGGACCAAGCUCCCUUUUUUUCUUUGAUUGAACACCUGGUGAAACGGUGUUUUUGUGAAGAAAUGACUGGAUUUGCCAUAAUUCCACUUGACGUCGCCAUAGCUUUGUUGUUCAGCUUGCAGCCGAAGUAACUCAGUGACAGCGGAUCUACCUGAGACGGUGUCAAGGGUUGACCAAUUUCAUUGGCUAAAAAAUGUAAAUCAAAACCAAGACCAACCUCAGGUCCUGUGUUUGCCAAAAGUUUAAGGACCCACAUUCACUCGCUUUUGGCAGGUGGCCCACACCAGGAAGUAUAUGUAUUUAGACAGAAAUUAACCAAAUACAAUUGUUUACCAGGUGCAUUGUCCGAGUAAACUAUUAUCUAAUUAAAUGUUGUUUUUCUCAUGAUGUUGGAAGGGUGGUACCCCAUAUUAACAAACCGCCAGUGCCCAUAUGCAAGAUCCAUAUUUAAAAUAAAGGUUUGUCAUUUCUGA